AUGAGAGUGGUGAAUGGCACAUCAGAGAUGAUGAAGCCAGAGAGUGUGUCGCUGCAUCCCCUGGGCGCAGCUGCUGCCCCUGUGCCAGAGAUGCUGUGUAUCUUCGGGACGGGGGAUUUAGGACGCUCUCUGGGUUUGCGUCUGCUCCAGUCUGGCUACAGGGUGGUGUACGGCAGCCGCAGACCUCACAGCUGUGGACCCUUGCCCCAGGGAUCUCAGGUGAUGAGCCACGAAGCAGCAGCCCAAUCAGCCAGUUUGAUCUUUAUUUGUGUUCACAGAGAACAUUAUGGAUUCCUGGAAACAAUGGCACCUCAUCUUGCAGGAAAGGUGCUGGUGGACCUUAGUAACAACCUGAAGAAAGGCAUUUACCCAGAACCCAAUGCCGCCUACUUGCAGCGAUUGGUCCCUGGAGCUGCUGUGGUAAAAGGCCUAAACACGCUGUCUGCCUGGGCCCUGCAGAAUGGACUCCUGGCAGGAAAACAG